CCUCCUCCUGUAGGGGCGGGGGCGGUGCAGCAGUGUGGACGGUGCAGAGGGGUUGGACCUUGGCCUGGACCUGCGAUCCAACGGAACCAGUGUCUCCACCAGAUUUAUACAGUUUACUACUGUAUCCAGUUCAUUUGCAAGGAGCUGGAAAUUGGCGUGAAAGCGGCGCUUGCAAAUACAGACAAGCAUGUAUUCAGUUGGAGGGAUAUCUGCAAGCAUAUAUGCCAACAGGCUCCGGGCGGAAGGGAUGGGCUCCAAGGACCAAGCUGUGCACUUUGCGGGCCAGGAUUACGAGGCGCUGAAGCAGGAAUGUCUGGAGUCAGGCUGCCUGUUUGAAGACCCCUAUUUCCCUGCCGAGCCUCCAUCUCUGGGCUUUAAGGAACUUGCCCCCUAUUCCUCUAAAACAAAGGAUGUGGAGUGGAUGAGGCCCACGGAACUAACACAAGACCCUCAGUUCAUCGUUGGUGGUGCAACCAGAACAGACAUCUGUCAGGGAGCACUGGGUGACUGCUGGCUCUUAGCAGCCAUUGCUUCUCUCACGCUGAAUGAGAAGCUUCUUCAUCGGGUUGUCCCACACGGUCAGUCCUUCCAAGACGACUAUGCAGGAAUCUUCCACUUUCAGUUCUGGCAGUUUGGCGAAUGGGUAGAUGUCGUGAUUGAUGACAGGUUGCCAGUAAAGGAUGGGGAGCUAAUGUUUGUCCAUUCAGCUGAGGGUAAUGAAUUCUGGAGUGCACUCCUGGAGAAAGCUUAUGCUAAGCUGAAUGGCUCCUAUGAGGCUUUGUCUGGAGGGAGCACCACUGAAGGGUUUGAGGACUUCACUGGUGGUGUGUCUGAGAUGUAUGAGCUCCGCCGAGCUCCAAGAGAUCUCUACAGGAUAAUUGGCAAAGCGCUGGAGAGAGGCUCCCUGCUGGGCUGCUCCAUCGAUAUCACCAGUGCCUUUGACAUGGAGGCUGUUACAUUCAAGAAGCUUGUGAAAGGCCACGCCUACUCAGUCACUGGGCUGAAGGAGGUUAAUUUCCAUGACAACACCGAACGCCUCAUCCGAAUACGUAACCCUUGGGGCCAGGUGGAGUGGACUGGUGCAUGGAGUGACAAUUCUCCUGAAUGGGAUCAGAUCGACCCUUCUGAACGAGAAGACUUGCAUCUGCAGAUGGAAGAUGGCGAGUUUUGGAUGUCCUUCAGUGAUUUCAUCAGGCAGUUUUCUCGACUAGAGAUCUGCAACUUGACUCCAGAUGCUCUGAGUGACGACAGCCUGAGCCACUGGAACACCAUCAAGUUCUACGGCACGUGGAGGAGAGGGAGCACCGCCGGGGGCUGCAGGAACCAUCCCAACACGUUUUGGAUCAACCCUCAGUAUAAGAUCACGCUGCUGGAGGAGGACGACGACCCAGAGGACGAUGAGGUGGCGUGCAGUUUUUUAGUAGCCCUCAUGCAGAAAGACCGGCGCAGAUAUCGACGUCAAGGUCAAGACAUGCACACCAUUGGCUUUGCUCUGUAUGAGAUUCCAGAAGAGUACAGAGGCUGCCAAAAUGUCCAUUUGAAGAAGAAUUUCUUUUUGAGCCAUUCCUCCUGUGCUCGCUCGGAAACCUUCAUCAACCUCCGGGAGGUGAGCACACGGCUCCGUCUGCCUCCAGGAGAGUACCUCAUCGUUCCCUCCACCUUUGAGGCCGGUAAAGAGGCCGACUUUGUCCUAAGGGUGUUCACUGAGAAGCAGUCAGAGACAGAAGAGCUGGAUGAUGAAGUCUCUGCCGAUUUGGGAGAGGAUGAAGAAAUAACUGAAGAUGACAUUGAUGACUCUUUUAAGGCCAUGUUUGCUCAACUUGCAGGAGAGGACAUGGAGAUUUCUAUUCAUGAGCUGAGGACUAUUCUAAACAGAGUCGUCGCCCGGCACAAAGACCUGAAGACCGAUGGCUUCAGUAUUGAGUCUUGUAGGACCAUGGUUAACCUGAUGGAUAAAGAUGGUAGUGCUCGUUUAGGACUUGUGGAGUUUCAGAUCCUCUGGAACAAGAUCCGAAAGUGGCUGGUCGUUUUCAGACAAUUCGACCUCGACAAGUCAGGGGCCAUGAGCUCAUAUGAGAUGCGACUUGCUGUGGAAGCAGCAGGUUUCAAGCUGAAUAAUCGACUCCACCAGAUUCUGGUGGCCCGGUAUGCAGAGAAUGAGAUGAUUGACUUUGACAGCUUCAUAUGCUGCUUGGUUAAGCUUGAAGCCAUGUUUAGGACUUUCCGAAAAUUUGACGAGGCGGGAUCAGGAGAGGCAGAGAUGACCCUGACAGAGUGGCUUUAUCUGACCAUGUGUGGUUGAAGAGAACCUUCUGUUAAGGUGUAUCGAGUAAGGGCACAGUGCCUGCAGACUGCCGUGAAGCUGGAGCUAUGAAGACCCUUUCGCCCUAGAAACCUUCAGAUCCUUUUACACAUCCCACCUCAGCUUAAAUAAAAGUUGCAAAAUAGCUGUGUAACAGAAAACCAAAGUCCAGCAAAGCCAACGUGGUGCAUCCUGGACAUAUUUUAGGAUCUAUGCAAGGCUACAGCAUGUAGCCGUCACCAUAUGAUAUAAAUGUGUCAUCUUUAUUUACAGAGCAUGGCCAUGUGCAUGUAGAAAAUCACUAGCUGCAAUGUUUACUGCGAGUUGGUUUUACAUGUUUUAAUUUUGAUGUCACUCUCAGCUGACAAUUUCACUCUUUGAAGUCAGUCUGAAAAUCUGUUUCUGUGCUAUUUCUAAAAGUGCUUUAGUUUCUCAGUAAUUGUGCAUUCAUUUGUUUAAAUCUUGUUUUAGAAAAUCUCGCCAGGGUGUUGAGUCAGCAGUUUCACUCUUACACCUGUAGGUGUCACUACGGAGCCAAUCUGAUGUCAGUGACAAACUUGAAACAUUUAAUAUGUACUGAGUUGAACCUGUUUAACAUGACGCUGAUGAAUUGAAGCCACUCACCUCUUAGGUUUUUGUUUGUUUUUUUACUAAAUUGCACUUGCAUUAUAGUUGAAGCUGCUUGAGAAGUUGCCUCACAUUAAUAAUGUAUCCGUUCACUUUUAGUGACCUUUACAGGAAUCACAUGAUACUGAUCAUUGCCUUAUACACACAGGAAAAAAAAAAUCAUGGUACGAACAACCAGUAAAAUGUGCCAGUCAUGUGUUACGAAUGUAUUUCGUGCCGUCAAUAAAUAUUCAAAGGCU